AUGGACCCAAAUUUGGAGCUUUACAGAAGCCUACUGCACCUGAUCCCGUCCCAGCGCCGCCACCGCAUGGCAUAUCUUCCCCGAUCAGAAGUUAUCAGAGUCGAAACAAUUGUCCAAGACGAGGAUAAUACCAAGAGGCUGGAAGAGACUAUCGCAGGUCGAGACCUCAUUCAAGUGGCCCUGGAUAAUCCUUCCGAGAUUAAAGGGGAUGGACAGCUGAAAAACAUCGUGCUUGGCCGAACCAACCGCCUCGAGGACGAGAACAAAAUGGUCAGGCGCAUCACCGAUAACGUUGCGAGUAGCAGUUCAAGCUUGAUUCAUUAUAUCGAGAAUUUCGAUCAGUUUUCAUAUGCAUUAAAUUUGGAUGCCUGGAAGCUAGUAUACUGCGAUAUAUAUUACGUUGAUAGAGGCAAUGCUACGCUACAGGAGAUCUACGAAGCACGCCUACAGGAAGAGGAUCUUCAGACGCCUGCCGCCCGAGCUAGAGAGCUUGUGCGGGAUAACGACCUCAAGCGAGCUCGAAGGAAUGCCAAGUGGAUGAUUCCAGCUAUCGAAGGACUUUCAGAGGACGAGAAAAUGGGGUGGGCGGAUAAAGAUCCAGACCUCAUGGACCGACUCUAUGAACAGUUAAGACUUGUGGUUGAGAGCUUCAAUCAAGAGAGAGGAAUUGGUGAAGUCGAACGGCGCAAGAUGAUGGAAAUUCAAGAAGAAAUCCAAGAACUCAAUUUGAAACCGCGGGACUACCGGGACAUCCUAGAAGGGGUCUGGAAACGGGUUUCGCCUGCGCCGCCUCCAUGGCUACAACAUAUCCUACAGACUGGCGAACAAUUUGGGUUUGUCUACUACAGAUCUAGAGAAUUAUACCAGACACGCUAUAACUGGAACUCAGUUUGGAGUCGAAUUAGGAAUACCAGUUCGCCAUUGAGGGUAACCUGGUCUUCUAUCCAUUGUCAAGGUAGCAAGAACUGGAUGUCUCUGCAUUCGCUUGAAACUGAGAACUGGCCUAUAUUCUCCCCUAAUGAGGAGUUGGCUGAAGACGACGACCUCCGCAAGCACUUUAAAAAAUACUGCGAGGAGAAUCGUUCCAAGACCGCAGAGGAUGAAAAGAAGAAUAAGAAGAAGAGAAAGAGGAAAAACAUAGAGGACAAUGAGAAUCUGCUGUCCCCUGGAAUUCUGCGGAACACCUUCAUCGUCAUUCCCCUCGAAUUCGUUUCCGGCAAUCUUAAUAUUGAGGAACGUGACACUUACGAUCCCUGCUGGGUUUGGGCGUAUGAUGCAGACUGGGAUGGCUCAGAUGAAGUGACCGUCGAUGGUGAGAAGUACGAAGGCCGGGUCAAGGUGGCUAAAUGGUCGCUCAACUCCUGGUUCUAUGCUGCUCGGUGGGAAGGGGUGAGUCUCCGGGAUAUGUGGCUUAAAGCACAGCGGCAUCCGGAUAAGUACUGGAUUUGUUAUACAAAGGAAUUAGAAGAGUGGGAUCACGAGCCAUAUGUUUAG